AGAAACUAGUUAUUUAUUUUCUUGCCACAGAAAACAUUAUCUCCACAGAGAGACUAAAGGAAGGACAAUUGGGAGACGUGGACGCACUGUAAGCCCGUCAACAGAUUUCCUUGAUAUAUCUCCUAAUCUCUUUACUUCCAGACCACAACACUUGACUGAUCUUUUCUCUCAUCCUCAGACGCAACAAGCAGCUUGUUGCAACACACAAAAAUGGCUCAAACCAUGCUGCUAACUUCCGGCAUCUCUGCUAACCAUUUCUUGAGGAACAAGAACCCUCUGGCUCAGCCCAAAGUUCACCAUCUCUUCCUCUCCGGAAACUCUCCGGUUACUCUACCAUCUCGAAGACCAUCGUUGGUUCCUCUCGCUAUCUUCAAACCCAAAACCAAAGCUGCUCCCAAAAAGGUUGAGAAAGUGAAGCCAAAGGUUGAAGACGGUAUCUUCGGAACGUCUGGUGGGAUAGGAUUCACGAAGCAGAACGAGCUCUUUGUGGGUCGUGUUGCUAUGAUCGGUUUCGCUGCAUCGUUGCUAGGUGAGGCGUUGACUGGGAAAGGGAUAUUAGCGCAGCUGAAUUUGGAGACAGGAAUACCGAUUUACGAAGCAGAGCCAUUGCUUCUCUUCUUCAUAUUGUUCACUCUGUUGGGUGCCAUUGGAGCUCUUGGAGACAGAGGAAAAUUCGUCGACGAUCCUCCCACCGGACUCGAGAAAGCCGUCAUUCCUCCCGGCAAAGGCGUUCGCUCUGCCCUCGGUCUCAAAGAACAAGGUCCUUUGUUUGGGUUCACGAAGGCGAACGAGUUGUUCGUAGGAAGAUUGGCACAGUUGGGAAUAGCAUUUUCAUUGAUAGGAGAGAUUAUAACCGGGAAAGGAGCACUGGCUCAACUCAACAUUGAGACUGGUAUUCCAAUUCAAGAUAUCGAACCACUCGUCCUCUUAAACGUUGCUUUCUUCUUCGCUGCUGCCAUUAAUCCUGGUAAUGGAAAGUUCAUUACUGAUGAUGGUGAAGAAAGCUAAACUCUCUAUGUACUUUCCAGUUAGUUGUUUGGGAGACCAUUAUCAUGUUGAGACAAAAGGAAAUGGACAGCUUAAACUAUUGUAAUACUUAAAUCCUUUUGUUUUAACUUGGUUUUUAAUUCUGAUUA